GAUUUGAAAUGUAUCUCAAGUACUUACAGUUACUUCCGAUCAUUACUUUAACAAUUUGUAACCAUGUGACUUCAUUGGAUCAUGAAUAUUCGAAGGAAAAUCGUAUUAUUGGUGGCACUGAUGAAGAAAUUGAGAAUGCUCCAUGGCAGAUCUCUUUGCAGUAUAAAAAACAACAUAUAUGCGGUGGUAGCAUCUACAGUAAAGAUAUUAUAAUAACGGCUGCCCAUUGUGUUGAAAAAUUAUCAGCGGAAGAAUUUGAAAUACGAGCUGGUUCCUCAAAGCAGUCUGAGGGUGGUACUUUGAUAAAGGUAGCUAAAAUUAUAUCGCACGAGAGAUACAACAUACCAAUGUUUGCAAAUGAUAUUGCGGUACUACGAUUAGCUGAGCCCUUAGCUUUCGGAGAAAGCAUUAAUUCGAUUCCUUUGGCUGAGAGUAGUCCCAAAAAAUGUGAUAUGGCAAUCGUGACUGGCUGGGGACGCACUGGCCCCUCGAAUCUUCCCUCAUCGGAAUUGCAAACAACCACACUUAAGAUAUUAGGGAAAUACACAUGCAGAUUGGCAUUUUUCUUCAUCCCAAAUAAGGACAUGUUUUGUGCUAUAAGUAGGAGAUCUGGCGUCUGUUCUGGUGACUCUGGUGGUCCACUAGUUCUCAAUGGAGCGCUUAUAGGCGUUGUUUCCCUUGGCAGACCCAAUUGUAGUGGACCCAGUGUAUUUGUCGAUGUGGCAAGAAUGCAAAGUUGGAUUUUGGCGACUAUUGAGAAGAUAUCGACAGAUAGUUCAAGCGAGUAAGCUAUAAACUAACAGAAGUUUUUAAAAACCAUGUUUCAAAAUUAACUGUGUAAUCAAAAGUUCAAUUAAAUGGAUACAAUCUUAAAAACUAA